UCCAGUAAAGAGAGAGACAGUGUUGAGAGAGGUACUACUACUACUACUACUACUACUACUACUACUACUACUACUACUACUACUACUACUACUACUACUACUACUACUACUACUACUACUAUUCUUAUCACCACUACUUAUCACCACUACUUAUCACCACCACCAGUCAUCAGUCAUCAGUCACCAUGCCAAAGUCUUGCCCAGCGUGUCACAAACCCUUCAGCGACACCCUACACCUGCCCCUGUCCGCGCCUUGCAAGCACAUCCACUGCCUCGCCUGUCUACGUGAGCACACCCUUGCCACCCACCCAGGCCUCCAGGCACGCAGCAGCGGCCAGGUACCAACAGGACAGGAGAUUGAGUGCCUUCAGUGUCAUAAGACUGUGAAUACGGAUGAUCUUGUGAUUGAUAGAGCUACCUUGGCAUCGGUCCCUCUCUCUCUCGAAGACCUCAUCAUCGCAGACAACCCAGCGAAACCCAGCUCACCCACGCCGCCCCCAGCAGACCUACAGCACCCCCAGCAACCCCACUGUGACCCUGAGACCCCGGACCUUACCCCAGGGGACGCCUACGCACAGGGGACGCCAGGAACCCAGGGGAACAUAACCACAUCGCGGAUUCACGAUACCCAGGGUGCUCUCGGCUGGAGUUUACCCACAUCCCCGCCCCCUGUGCACGUACCCAUGGACCCGAACCACCCCCACGGCAACCCUGGGGCCGUGGGAUGGGCUGCACCGCCAGGAUCCGCCGCUAUGCAACUCCCAAAUCCGACUGGACCGUAUAGUCAAAUGCCGCAACCGUAUGGGGUAAAUCCGGGUGCAAGUCCCUACCCCCAUGGACACCCCCACGGGCACCCCCACGGGCACCCCCACGGACAACCUCAAGGACACGGACACGGCCAUGGAGACGCAAUAGCAGCAGGGGUAGCAGGCGUAGCAGUAGGAGCAGUGACAGGAGCAGGGGUGACAGCCUUGGCAACUCAUAAGAAGGGAAAGAAGAGUAAGAACAAGGAUAAGAAGAAGGAUAAGAAAGAGAAGAAGGGAAAGAAAGGGAAGGAGAGGAGGCACAGGUCUUCCUCCGGGUCCUCCUCCGGGUCUUCCUCCUCCUCCUCCUCCCGUUCCUCCAAGUCUUCCAACUCUUCUUAACUUGGAGGAAAAAAUUGUGAUGUUGAUGAAUGGAAGAGGAGGAAGAGAAGAAUAAAACCCUCCUCCUCCUCCUCCUCCUCCUCCUCCAUUGUAUAACACGUGUUUUGUUCUCGUCUUUGUUUGGGAAAUAAAAAUUGGUUUGAUUAAAAAUAAAUGUCUUGGGAAUUAUAUGAAAAAAAUAUUAUUAUCAUUAUUAUUAUUAUUAUUAUUAUUAUUUUUCCUUUGGUAGUAGUAGAAUCAGAAUCAGAAUCAUUUUAUUCCUUAAAAAUGGCUUUUCUAUACAUUACAAGCAUUACUGAAUAACAUACAAUUUAAAGUAAGACUUAAGCUAAAAGUCUUCUAAGCUAUAUAAAUCAAUAUCAGAAUAGUGAGAGCGUGGUCUCGAUAGAAUUCUACUUGACAUUUAUAUCGUUAUCAAGCAAGUAGUGUUUUAGUCUUUUUAUGAACACUUGUAUGGUAUUUGAUAGUGUUACAUGGUGUGGGAGAGCGUUCCAUAGCCUGGGGCCUUGUACAAGGAGCGAACGUGUCCCGCAGUGUGUGUUGGUGUGGGGGACAUGAAGGUUGUCCCGCUGUCUUGUUGUGUACCUGCUCCGUGUCACCUCAGUUGUGGUAGGCAGCUACAGGAACCACUCUGGAUACAGUUUACAUUUUAUCUUAUAUACAGUUACAGCAACAUCAAAAAUUAUCUUCUUGUUCAUUUUAAGCCAGUGCAAUUGUGUUAUGAAGGGGGUGGCGUGGUCCCCCCUCCUCGCUCCCCCAAUACAUAUCUUUGCUGCAAAGUUCUGUAGUUUUUGUACUCGCUUAAUUAGUGUGCUAUUUGUAGUGCCGUAAACUGGUAGGCAAUAAUUAAUGAUACUUAGAGCAAGUGAUUCAAUAGCUAUUUUACGUGUUACAUUGUCAAAUUUAUCUUUAAUUCCCUUUAUGAACAUUAGAGUACCAAUGACUUUCUUGUGGGUUUCGUUAAUAUGUAUGUUAAACGUCAAGUGGGAGUCCAUGUAAACGCCAAGGUUUUUGAUGUGUUUGCUGGGAGUGAUGGGAGUGUUGUCAAAAAGAGUGGUGUUUUGGGGAAGCUGUUUGAUAACUGACCUGGUCCCAAUAAACAUACACUGGGUUAUGUUAGUGUUCAGGAA